CCAACAGGCCCCAGGCCUCCUACAGUUCCAGCAAAACCUGCAAACACAUCUGGAAGGUUGCUCGCCAACUAUGCUGCAAGAGCUCCUCUGCACAGAGGUUGCUGAACAUUACCUAUCAUGCUCUAAACCAUCUUCACCCAGCCAGUCCGGAGCCAGAACAGUCUGUGCUUCUGCUGGUGCACUGGAAACAGCACGAACAGCACUGGAAACACAUCUGGAAACACAACACUCUUGCCAGGCAGUGCAUCUCGUAGGGUCCUUCUCGUUCUGCAGCAGUGCAAACUUCGGUGGUUUAGGUUUGAUCUCUGCUAGCGAUCAACCAUAGGAGCACUUUAGCACCAAAAGAAUUGUCCUGCUGGU